AUGGCUCUCGGAGCCCUCUUACUUUCUCCCCUCGCUUCCGCCGCUCUAACCAAGUGUCCCACAAAGGAAGCUACUUGGACCGCCCAGUCUGGCGCUGGCUACUCCAUCUGCAAAAACACCGACUACAAGAACGGCGGAGGCAGUCUCAAGGUUGUCAAGGAUGUUCGAAACACCAACGCUUGCGCCCAGAUCUGCAACCAGGACCCUCGAUGUGUCAAGGCCGUCUACGACAAGAAGGGCCGCAUCUGCCACGUCAAGGAUGAGAACAACGCGAACCGCAUGAACUGGGAGUCCGACAACAACUUUGACGCCAUCACUCUCACCAACGUCAAUGAGGGACGAUUCAUCGCGACUUGUCCCACUGGUGGUCACCAGUACCGCGCCCUCAAGGGCAAGGGAAAGACUUUCAACGUUUGCUACAGCACUGACUUUGUCGGCGCUACUGCGCGCCAGAUCAAGGUUGCUACCCUUGCCGCUUGCGCUGAUGAGUGCUCCAAGAUCAACACCUGUAAGAAGGCUGUUUUCGAUAACGAGGGCAAGGUCUGCCACAUCAAGGCUGCUGAGCCCAACGCCUCCCUCUUCUGGGUUCAGAGCAAGCGAUUCAGCGUCGUUCAGCUUCCUUCCGCCGUCAAGCCUGCUACCCAGGGUCGCUGGUCUGACAUCAUUCGUCUUCCCGUUAUUCCCGUCGCUGCCUACGUCGUUCCCCAGUUUCCUCAGUCUCAGCAGCUUCUCUACUUCUCUUCCUGGGGCCCCGAUGCUUUCGGCGGUGCCUCUGGCCGCACUCAAUUCGGUGCUCUCGAUCUCCCUACCGGAGCAAUUGCUCAACGUGAGGUCGCCAACACUCACCACGACAUGUUCUGCCCUGGUAUGAGCCAGCUUGGUGACGGUCGUAUCAUCAUCCAGGGUGGUUCUGAUGCCGAGGCUGUCAGCUUUUACAACCCCAAGGAUAACACUUUCACCCGAGGACCUAACAUGAAGAUGCCUCGUGGUUACCAGACCUCCACUAUCCUGUCCGACGGCCGUGUCUUCACCAUCGGAGGUGCCUACUCCGGUCCCCGCCAGGGCAAGAACGGUGAGGUCUUUGACCCCAAGACCAACAAGUGGACCAUGCUCGAUGGAGCUGACGUCAAGCCCAUGCUUACCAAGGACCACGAGGGUAUCUGGCGUGAGGAUAACCACGCUUGGUUGUUCGGAUGGAAGAAGGGCAGUGUCUUCCAGGCUGGUCCUAGCACUACUCAGCACUGGUACAGCACCAAGCAGAAGGGAUCCGUCCGCACGUCCGGCAAGCGAGACGAUGUCAACGCCAUGUGCGGUAUGUUUGUCAUGUACGAUGCUCUCAAUGGCAAGAUCUUGACUGCUGGUGGUUCCCCCGACUACACCAACUCGAACGCCAACAAGCACGCCCACAUCACCACUAUUGGAGAGGCUUACGCGCCUGCUGCUGUCAAGCGUGUUGCUGACAUGGCUUUCCCCCGUGGCUUCGGUAACGCUGUUGUCCUCCCUGACGGAACUGUUCUUGUCACUGGUGGUCAGCGCAAGUCCCUAGUCUUCACCAACACUGACGGUAUUCUGAUUCCUGAGCUGUUCAACCCCGCUACCAACAAGUGGACCCAGCUUGCUCCCCACGCUGUUCCCCGCAACUACCACUCUGUUUCCAUUCUUCUCCCCGACGCCACUGUCUUCAUCGGCGGUGGUGGUCUUUGCUACGUCAACAAGAUUGGUGGUUCUACUGCUGGCUGCGACAAGACUGCUGAUCACGCCGACGGAGAGAUCUUCCAGCCUCCUUACCUUUUCAAGAAGGACGGUUCUCUCGCUGACCGACCUCUCAUCUCUGGCAUUGUUCAGAAGGGUGUCAAGGCUGGUAGCACCCUCAAGUUCAAGGUCACCAACACUUCUGGCAAGGUCACCAUGUCUCUUGUUCGCAUGGGUAGUGUUACACACUCUAGCAACACUGACCAGCGACGUGUUCCCCUGACCAACUUCUCUGUCAAGGGCAAUGAUUACUCUGUCAAGCUGCCCAACGACAACGGUAUCUUGUUGCCUGGAUACUACUACCUCUUUGUCAUGUCAGCCGGUGUUCCCAGCAUGUCCAAGACUGUCCAGAUCGUGCUAUAG